AUGGACCACAAUCUUCGCUUUUCUGUUUCAUCGUUUACCGAGCAGGGAUCAUACAAACUCAUGGAACUCCCUCCGGAAUUAUGCAAGGUUAUGGAAGAGUCUUUAUCCGAAGGUGGUGACUCAAACUCAUCAAGCUUUUACAUCAAGGGUCAACCUGGAGAAGAUGCAGUCCUGUGCACACAGGACAAGACUUACACCAUACGCUCCGUGUCCUUAUCAAACUCCAUCCUUGUCGUGACUUCGCCCCCAGAUUCAGAUAUAUCAUUCGACGGCGGCGAUAACGGUCUUCCAAACAUUGUCAUACGCGAUCAGCUUAGCCAAAUACUCGAACUGACCCAAACUGUACCAAAAUUACACAAACUAAACACUUUGCUCAAGGGAAAAGAAUAUGGAGAGGAUGAGGAAGACAACGAAGAUGGUAUGAACGUCGAGCUAGCUAUUGACCAUUCACAAAACAUGGAGCAUUUCACCUAUACGGACGCACGGGCAAUGAUCCAAGCGAGUGAGACAGAAUUAAAAAGCGGACUGCGCCAAAGACGAAUUCUUCAAAUCAAUGAAACCCUUCGUCCGAUAUCUUCAAUAUAUCUUACCAAGAUCAUACAAUACAUUCUAAACACACUCGCUGCAUUGAUGCUCAAUCACGAAUCAGUCCCCGUAGAGAAACUCUGUACUACGCUGGCAGACGAACAUGACGUGCCUAGAAUUGUGUCCGUGCAAGUGAUGGGUUGGUUUGGGGAUAUCAAUGAGAUAGAUGGAAAAUGGAAGAUGGAUGUGAAUUCCGUUGUCAAAGAGGCCGGUCUGGGGAUAUUGAAAGAUGCCAAAGACAGGUCCUAUGAUAAAGACGACCUUAUCUCUACCUGGAAGGAUUUAGUGGGGGAUAAGUUCAACUCGUCCGUCUCACUUGACCUUCUCGCUGGAAACUAUCUCAUCGCGCCCGCUGCCCCCUACUCAGAUCAUCAAGUUGUGAAAUAUUUCCCAAUUUCUUCACUUCCAAUUGAUCCUGCUCAGCGUUUCUCGGAUCUCUUUUUGACUCGCAGCAAAUGGAAGAACGAAGACAUUGUACCUUUUUUGUCGGAUAUCGCAGUCAACUCCAAAGAACGAGAUAAGCUGCUUUUGAAGUAUGCUCGGGCGACAACGGAUGCCGAAGGUAUUUGGUACACUUCAAGAGCGCAGUACAAUGGUUAG